GGAUUGUCAACAUCCGUCAACCCGAUUUUUUAUUUAUUUAUUAUUUUUCCUCUUCUUCUAGUUCUUCUUCUUCUUCUUCUUCUUCUUCUGCUUAGGGAGGGGGAGGUAGGGAUAGGGAGGGGGAAGUACGGAUGGUGCAGUGUGAAGUCGGGAUAGCGGGAGUCGGGAUGGUGCAGGGUGAAGUCGGGAUACUAGAGGGAGGAGAAAGUCGAGAUAUUGCGGGGGAUAGGGGGAAGGGGGGAAGUCGGACAGGGCGGGAGAGGGGGGGAAAGGCGAUGGGGAAGAGGCAUGCGAAAACGACGUUUGUGAUAGGAGGGGAUGGAGUAGGAGGUGGAGUAGGAGAUGGAGUGGGAGGAGAUGGAGGAGGAGAUGGAGUAGGAGGUGGAGUAGGAGAUGGAGUAGGAGAUGGCGUAGGAGAUGAAGUAGGAGAUGGAGUAGGAGAUGGAGUAGGAGAUGGAGUAGGAUAUGGAGGAGGAGGAGAUGGAGUAGCAAAUGGAGGCAGGGCACGGGGAGGAGGAGAUGGAGUAGGAGAUGGAGGAGAAGAUGGAGUACGAGAUGGAGUACGAGAUGAAAUACGAGAUGGAGGAGGAGAUGGAGGAAGAGAUGGAGGAGUAGAUGGAGAGGUUUUCACGGAAUCCAGGUCCCGUGGAGUUGAGCAUUUCACAAAGCAAAAGACGUAUGGCCUACGCCGGGCCGGAGAGAUUUUGUACAAGUUGCAAAGGGUGGGGGUAGUCCUUAGAGAUGCCCUCUCGCGGCGCCUGGCUUCGGAGUAUGCGGAGAGGGUGGAGGGUGAUAUGGUUGCGGAUGACCUCCGUCAUCAGAUGGAGGCGGAGGGGGAUGGAAAGGCAGACCAUACGCCGCCCGGGACACCCUCGCGUGCUGGAGGGGUGGAUGGUGGAGAUGCAGGUGGGGUGACGAUCAGACUAGCCGACGAUUUGGAUGCAGAUCGCCAGCGUGGAGGCAAGGCACGAGGCGAUACUCAGCCUGCGGGUUUUGAGGAGACCAUACGCCGUGUAGGACGAGGUGUAGGAGGUGUGGGUGGCAGUAGUGAGGCAGGCGGAUCUAGUGCUAGUGGAGCACCGGCCUCCACAUCCCUAGUGGUGAGGCGACAGUCGACUUUGGAUCCCCAUAUAGGGAACAAGAUCCAAAUGGAUCUUGAUCAGUUGUGGGCCCUCGCUAUCUAUCGUGGCGGAGUGACGUUCAACUGGCUGCGUUUAGCUGAGAUGCAGCGGUUGUGGGAUUACAUAUGCACUCUAUUCCGUCCCACGAUAGUACCUGUUCCACGACUCCUCUCGUAUGAGGGGGUGAGGACGAGGAUUGAUGAUGGGUUUUGGAGUGGCGUGAAGAGGGUCAUGGUUGUCAUGGGUCCCGUUUACAGGUUCCUCAAGGAUGUUGAUAGGGACGGUUCAUCAUCCACUGGCCUGUGGGAUUUGGAGGCCAUCCUACGGGGGCGAAUUCGUUCACUCGAGUUGUCGGACAUUGACAGGGACGAGGUGAUGGACAUCGUGAGGGAUAGGUGCGCGAUGAUGCGACAACUUGCUCAUGCAGCUGCUUACCUACUGGAUUCACGACGGCGCGAUAUUUCAUUGCUUGAGGACCGCAACAGGUCUGUCAUGCAGUGUGCGCUUGAGCACUUCACUCGCGUUGUCGGAGGGUGGGACAGUGAUGCCAUGCCUGGUCUGUGGGAGGCCCUGUGGACUUUCCACAGCGACGACCCGCGAUAUUGGCCAGAGGAUGGUCAACACUGGUGGGACUCGUUCACUACCGCCGACGCGAACAAGAUGCAUCCGUCGACGUGGUGGGGGCUUCACGGUGGUCAGCAACCCCUCCUCAGUGCAAGCAAGCGGUCGCAGAGCAGGUACGUGGACAUUUGGGCGGACCAGGUUGAGGAUGAGGAGGUCGUUCUGGACGUGGAUGACGUCAUCCCUGCAGAUGUGCCGGAGGAGGAGUACGAGGCGAUUGAGAGGAGCAAUAGGAGGAAGGAGGGUCGCAAUCAAGCUGGGAAGGGCAAGGCACCAACAAUGGACUCGGAGGAGGACAUUUUUGAUGAUCUCGUGUGGAUGCACCAGGGGAUUAGGAAGGAGGCAGAGGCACAGAGGGGUGUUGGGAUGACUCUUCCAGAGGACCAGCACGACUUGCUGGACGAGUGGGGUGGACAGGAUCCGCACGACGACUUCGACGCAUACGUUGGUGGCACCAUGCAGCCUGUGGUGUCCAUGCGCAAGGGGGUGGGCGGUGAGGUUGAUAUGGAGGAGUUGCUGGCCCGUGAUAUGCAAGCAGAGGAGGACGAGGCGAUGCAGGAUCCGCCACAGACGGAGGAGGUUCCAGUUUCGAUGAGUCCCACAGCAGCAGAUACCAGUGAGAGGGUGGACCCCAGAGCACCGUCGACCUUACAACACGAGUCCCUGGAGCUGCAACAUCGACCGACACUUCAGCAGCGGGUGGAGCAGACGGCGGAGCGGACGGUGCACAGUACAGCAGACGAGAAAUCGGAGUGCAGGGUGGAACCAAGCGUUGAACAAAGAGCGGAGCAAAGGGUGAAGCGGAGGGUUGAUGAGAGGGUGGAGCAGCGGGUGGAUCAGAGGAUGAGGGACGUGGUAGAGGUUACAGUUGACGUGACCUUGGAUCAGGCCGGGGUUGGAAGGAUGGAGGAGAGUACUCGUGGGCGGCCGGGUGAUUGCCAUUCUGACGAGAGCGUCAUCCGCGAUGCUGUGACAUGCGGGCGUACAGAGCAGAGGUUGCACACGGACGGUGCUGCUAGAGAUCGACCUGGUUUGGAUGGGAUUCGUGGAGACGGAGGCGACAACGCACAACUUGCUGAUACGGGCAUUCCACCUUUGCUUCCACGAGACACGUCUCCAUCUUCACAUAAUGUUCUCACACGGCGCACUUUCUACGGGAUCCCGCCACUACCAUUGCGGACGACACCGCCACCAUCGACAGCGACGACACCAGAAAUUCACUCGGGGAGGUCUACGACACUCGGCGAAAGUGGCGGACACCCUGCCAGACAUGGUCCUCCACUGAGUUCUGCACAUACUACCCCUUCGUCAUCAUCUAGGGGUAGCACCCCGCCUCCACUUACAUCUGCUCUACCACGCCUUCCUCUUCAUGUGUCUGGCCCUUCCACCUCUACGACGGCCAGGGAUAUUAUGUCUGCGCGGAGUCUAUUGGGCAUGCCUCCACUCCCGACACGACUCUCCUCCGCUAUUGUUGAUAACGUCACGACGAGUCAUGCAGGUAGGAAGAGGAGGAGGGAGGAGGAUGACGGACACGAACGUACACGUGCAGGUCAAGUGGGGCGUGGCACAAGGAGAGGUCGAGGACGGCCACCAGGCCCAGGCCGAGGGAGAGGUCGCCCACAUGCCUCAAGACGAGACUCUUGGGCGAUGAGGCAGUUGGGUGCAAAGGACACAAAUGAGGGAGAUGCAGUGGAUGGGACCGCAACAGGGGGUUCACCCGCAAUAGGUGUACGUACGAGGGUGCAGUCGUUGGGUUCAGGUGGGGGCCGGAGAGAGACUCGUGUCCUUGACGAUGAUCCAGAGAGCGGUGACGAUUCUUCCGGUAGUGAUUAUGCAAGAGAGAGGCGUAGUGAGACGAGGGGGGAUGAUUCAGAGAAUUGUAGUGGAGGGGAGGAGGAGUAGAGAGAUGUUCCGACGUCUGACACAGUCACAGCCUUGGCGACCAUGUACAUCCUAUCGUUUUUGCAGUGCCACGCCCAGAGCAUUUGCCC